UGAGCAUCUGUUAUCACUCCUUUCAUCCCUCAUCCAUCGCUGAACGAUGUAGCAUGUCUGACGAGCCCGAUGCGAGCAAGGAGUACGGAGCAGACUCUCUCACUCGGGACAUAACGACCAAUCCUGGAUCAGGGUAUUUCCAUCUCUCGACGAGCUCGACAAAGGCUCAAUUCUCAGCUCUAUCUGCUUCAUACCCGCUCAAGCUACUCUCGCCUAAGCCUUUGCCAUCUCAGCCUCGGGCGAUCGGCGUGCUUUACACUCUUGCCUAUGGAGGGGGACUCGUAGCUGGUGAUACCGUCUCGUUGAGGGGUAAUGUGGAUAAGGACGGUGGCCUCGUGAUGCUCACUCAAGGCAGUACAAAGGUGUUCAAGCAUCGACCUGGAAUCAGGCCGUCGUCCCUCCGAGAGCGAUAUCCCACAGGCUCGUCACGGUCAACGCCCGACGGCCGAAAUGUAGGGAGGACGCGUCAAAGACUUCACAUCACCCUCCGAUCUGGGUCAUUCUUGAUGCUGUUGCCGGAUUCUGUGUCCCCAUUUACAGGAUCACAAUAUGCUCAAUCCCAGCGCUUUGUCCUCCCGUCAGACGACACAGCUUCGGUCCUAGUCUUAGACUGGGUCAACUCCGGUCGCGGUCAACGCUCCGGUCAUGCAAAUGGAUUGAUGAAUGGCCUGCAACAGAACCAAGCUCCGUCGUCCGAAAUAUGGUCCAUGGAUGAAUACAUCUCGACCAACGAAGUCACCCACCGAGACAAGAUAUUGAUGAGGGAGAAGAUGGUGUUGAAUAACGCUAAUAGAUCGAUGAAUGGCACGUCGAUCGCGACUCGUCUUUCGCCAUAUCAUGUGUACGGCACGGUCCUAAUCCUUGGACCGCAUUUCGCUCCUCUCAUCGCACAUCUAGUGGCUAUGUGCGACGCGACCCGGCAGUUCAAGAUGAGCAGACCUGUAGACAUUCUUUGGAGCUUCAGUCCGAUUCAAGACGGCAAGGGUGGGGUCUUGAGAAUAGCCGGAAAAGAAGUCGAAGACGUCAGGCGAUGGUUGAAGGAGGCUUUCCAGGCUGGCGGUAUCAGAGAUCUCGUCGGAGAAGGCCUGUGGACGCGUAUCAUAUAGAUAAAUAGAGUCAAUCGUAUACAGCCAUGUAGUGCAUAAUGAACAGCGAUC